CAAGAAACCUUCCUUGGGGUGACGAAACAUGAUGAAAGCUGGGGCGGAAGUCGUGAUUGUGCCGCGCAACUUUAAGCUCUUGGAAGAGCUGGAGAGCGCAGAGAAAGGUCAUGGCGACAUGAGCAUCAGUUAUGGCUUGGAACAGGCGGACGACAUUUUCCUGACGAGUUGGAUCGGUACGAUCCUCGGCCCUGCAGGCACCACCCACGACGGGCGCAUCUACAGUUUGAAGAUUCAUUGCGGCGAGAAUUAUCCCAACGCGCCCCCCGAGGUGUUGUUCACGAGUCGUAUCAACAUGUCUUGCGUCGAUCAAACCAACGGACGUGUGAACCCUCGUGGUCUUGGUGUGCUGGCGUCGUGGCAGCGAACGUACGGCAUCGAGCAAGUGCUCGUUGCGUUGCGCAACGAAAUGGCGUCUGCCACAAACAAGCGACUGCCGCAACACCCCGAAGGGAGCUCGUUCUAACCCCGGCGGUCCCCAUUGUAUCCACUCCCACGAUGCUGCGGCGGAUCACUCGCCCCUUCAAUCGCCCUUGAUGAACCACGAAUACACUUUCAUUCACGAAACAAAAUCUUUGUCGACUGUGUAUCGCGCAUAUAACGUUUCUGCG